CAUCCAUUCAAGCAAAUAACAGCACGCUAGCUUACUUGCACCAUCCUCACUCUCUCCAACUUUUAAUCUCUCAACCUCACACCCACACACAAAUACCCUUCUCUUUUAAUAUCGUACACAUAAUCAACCAUGAAGUUCCAGACCACACUCCUUUUCUCUAUUGCAGCUUCCAUUGCCACAGUUCAGGCACUCCCAAUCCAACAUGAGGCACAGUUUGCAGGAGGUACCCGCUACCGUCCUGUGAUGAAUAUCGAGCAGGAAGCGGCCCAGCCAGAAGCCCAGUUCACUGGUGGCAGCCGCUACCGUCCCGUGAUGAAUGUUGAGCCUGAGGCCCAGUUCGCUGGUGGUAGUCGCUAUCGCCCAGUCAUGAACAUUGAGCAGGACGCUUCCGAACCCGAGGCACAAUUUGCAGGCGGUAGUCGUUAUCGUCCUGUGAUGAACAUCGAGCAGGAGGCCCAGUUCGCUGGUGGUAGCCGUUACCGCCCCGUUAUGAACAUUGAGCAAGAAGCUGCUGAGUCAGAGGCCCAGUUCGCUGGUGGCAGCCGUUAUCGUCCAGUCAUGAACAUCGAACAAGACGCUUCUGAGGCCGAGGCACAAUUCGCAGGCGGCAGUCGCUACCGCCCAGUGAUGAACGUUGAGCAAGAAGCUGCUGAGCCAGAGGCGCAGUUCGCUGGUGGCAGCCGUUAUCGUCCAGUCAUGAAUAUUGAGGAGGAUGCAUAAGUGAGACUCUAGUUUCGAUAAUAUUUGUACAAUCUUUGCUUUGCGCUAAAAAGGAUCCAUGAGAUCUUAUGAGAAGCCGGUCCUUCUUAAAUUUGCUACCUUAUACCCUCA